CAUGACUAUUUUGAUUAAUGUUCAUAUUUGAUUUGAAGAUGCAGCAGCACUGUGUUUUGAUAUCAGUGCUGCUGAUGAUCGCUGAUGGGUUGACUGUGCGUGGUCCCUCUGGUCCUCUGAUCGCUCCUCUGGGAUCUUCAGUGAUUCUGCCCUGUUAUGUUGAUGAACCUUUAUUAAUGGAGGAUCUGGAGGUGGAAUGGAGAAGAAGAGACUCAGAUACUUUAGUUCAUCUGUUUCAAGAUGGUGAGAGUCAACCAGAGUCCCAGCAGCAGGAUUAUCAAGAUAGAGCUCAUUUAUUUACUGAACACAUUAAACAUGGAAACUUCUCCCUCCGUCUGGACAAUCUGAGAGCUGAAGAUGAAGGAGCAUACACAUGUACAGUUCACCGUCAGCUGGAGUCUGGAGAGACUGUGGUUCAAAUUAAAGAUGUUGAGCAUUUGCUGGUCUCAGGAUCAGAUCGGUCCAUAUCUGUGUCUGUGGGUGAAGACGUCACUCUGAACUGCUCUGUAGACUCUCACAUCACUCCUGAAGACUUUGAACAGGUUUCAUGGAUGAAAACUGAUGAAGAUGAAGAAAUUCUGGUUCUGCUCUACCAAAACAACAAGACUUUCCCAGAUUCAUCACAUGAGCGAUACAGAGACAGAGUUGAGUUCUUCACUGCUGAAAUCCCCAAAGGAAACUUCUCUUUCAGACUGAAGAGCGUCAGAACUGAGGAUAAAGGAGUUUAUAUGUGUCAAGUGUUUGCUGGAGGAGCUUCAGCCAAUGCAACUGUAGAGCUGGAGAGACUGGGUUUCUCUGUUUCACACAUAAUGCUGCUGAUUCUCUGUGUUUCUGCAUCUGGAUCUGCACUUCUGCUCACCUCCAUAAUCUACUGCAGAUCACAAAAUACAGAUAUAGUUUUCAGUCUCCACAUGUUGCUAGUAGUCUGUCCGAAUUUUCUGAUGUUUCUUGCUUUUGUCUUCUGGGGUGUUUCUGAAGGAUCUGUGAACGAGUCGGUCUCUUGUUGUGCUCUUUAUUUUCUGAGGCCUCUCAUGUUGCUCUGGGCGGCUCCUUAUAUUAAUGACUUCACAGGCAACACUCAUGCAUGGAUUCUUGAAUAUAGUUAUGUUGCUGAAUAUGUGCUUUUCUCAAUUGUUGUUUAUUCAGCUCUUUUUACAAAUGCUUGGGAAAAACUUCUGAAUUAUGCUGAAUUUGAUAGAGUCGUGAUCACAGUCUUGUUUCUAAUAGUGUUUCUGUGCUGCCUCUGCAAAAUCAUCUACUUUUUUGCUGCAGAGAUUGGAAAGAGAAAUGGCACAUUAAUUGAUAUAUUUGAACUUUUUGCUGAAAUUACUUUUGAAAUUGUGCCCACAAUACAAUUCAUCCUCCUGUUCUACACGUUUGGAUCUGUCAGAGGAGAAUUCAUCAUUGUUAUAAUUUUACCAGUGCUACUAAUGAUCACAAAUGACAGAUGGAUUUAUAGAUGCGGAAUAAGACUUAACUGUUCGUUUUUCGUCAGGAGAACUGUGUGGUUUGUUUUUAUAUUAGCGGUUAAUGCAGUGGUGAUCGAUCUUUACGCAAUGACACUGGAAACAACGGAUCAUGUCGGAUGGGGAUGUGUGAUGGUGUUUCUGCAGAUUCUCUGGGCAGUUGUGAAGUUUACAGACAGCAGUUAUAUCUCUAUUGCUCUGGGUACAGUAUUAAUCAUAUUUGCAAGCUAUAACUAAAAUAUGAAUAAUUAAUGAGCAAUGCUUUCAGAUGAUCUGUCACAGAUGAACUAUAGAAUGAUGAAGGACUAAAAUUAAACUGCUCCGAAAUCUUCUCUACAUUUAAAUGUUUCUGUGAACUUGCGUCACAGAUUUUCCCUGUGUUGUUCCCGUGUAUCUGUUCGGAUCAGUCGGUGAUGUUGUACUGAACUCUGUUGCUCUGUUGACUGAACUGAUACUGAAAACAG